AUGGGCUGCUUCGUCCACGUGUAUGGGGGUAGAAAAGCUCAUUGGGCCAUGUUUGUUCUGGCCUUUGGAGCAAUUUCCAAAGCAAACGCAAAUUUCACAGUGGCCAGUGAUGGAUCCGGUAAUUUUAAAAGUGUUUCUCAAGCAGUGGCUGCUGCACCCACCCACAGUCCACAGCCAUUCACAAUAUACAUUAAGGCUGGAGUGUAUGACGAAAUUGUUGAAGUUGGUUCCGAAAAGACCAACAUUGUUUUCAUUGGUGACGGAAUCGAUAGAACCAUCAUAACAGGCAACCGUAGCGUUGCUGGUGGAUGGAGCACUUUCAACACAGCAACCGUCGGGGUGGAAGGGGCAAGGUUCAUGGCACAGCACAUGACCUUCCUAAACUCAGCUGGCCAGGACAAAGGUCAAGCGGUUGCUUUUAGAAUCCAAUCGAACCAAUCCACCUUGUAUAGAUGCAGUUUUGUAGGUUUCCAAGAUACAUUAUACGUAAAGGAAGGGAUUCAAUUUUUUAGGGAGUGUGAGAUACAUGGCACUGUCGAUUUUAUAUUUGGAAACUCCGCAGUUGUGUUCCAAAACUGCAACUUGUAUGCCCGGAUGCUUAAUGGAAACCAACCUAAUGUGAUAACUGCUCAAGGACGGGAAGAUCCAACAGAAAAAGCUGGAAUUGUAAUUCAGAAUUGCACGACAUUCGCUGAAAGAGAUCUUUCACCAUCAACGAAGACCUACCUAGGGCGACCUUGGAGGGAGUAUUCCAGGACUGUUAUCAUGCAGUCAUUUUUGGAUGAUUUCAUUGAUCCUACUGGAUGGUUGAGAUGGAACGACACCGCGCCAGUAGAUUUGUUGUUCUAUGCAGAGUACCAGAAUAGGGGUCACGGUGCAGUUACAAAGGACCGUGUAAAUUGGCCUGGGUAUAAGGUUCUAUCCAACCCAUCUGAUGCUGCGGUCUUCACGGUAUCUCGUUUUCUCAAAGGUGAUGAAUGGCUUCCGGCGACAGGAGUCCCGUAUACUGGUAGCCUAAUGUGA